CUUUUGGUAGCGAGCGCCCUCUGCGCAUGCGCAGGUCCAUUCGGGAAUUACUGCCCAGCAGCGGACUAAGUUGCAUUCCUUGAAUCUUCGCAGAAAAGACAAUUCUCUAAUCAGAGUUAGUAAUGUGGACAGUACAAAAUCGAGAGAGUUUGGGGCUUCUUUCUUUCCCUGUGAUGAUUACCAUGGUCUGUUGUGCACACAGCGCCAAUGAACCCAGCAACAUGUCAUACGUGAAAGAGACAGUGGACAGAUUGCUCAAAGGAUAUGACAUUCGCUUGCGGCCGGACUUUGGAGGCCCCCCGGUGGACGUCGGGAUGCGGAUCGAUGUCGCCAGCAUAGACAUGGUCUCCGAAGUGAAUAUGGAUUAUACACUCACCAUGUAUUUCCAGCAGUCUUGGAAAGACAAAAGACUUUCUUAUUCUGGAAUCCCACUAAACCUCACCCUAGACAAUAGGGUAGCUGACCAACUCUGGGUACCAGACACCUACUUUCUGAAUGACAAGAAAUCAUUCGUGCAUGGGGUCACAGUGAAAAAUCGAAUGAUUCGACUGCAUCCUGAUGGAACAGUUCUCUAUGGACUCCGAAUCACAACUACAGCUGCCUGUAUGAUGGAUCUGCGAAGAUAUCCACUGGAUGAGCAAAACUGCACCCUGGAGAUUGAAAGUUAUGGCUAUACCACUGAUGACAUUGAGUUUUACUGGAAUGGAGGAGAGGGGGCAGUAACUGGUGUUAAUAAAAUUGAGCUUCCUCAGUUUUCUAUUGUUGACUACAAGAUGGUGUCUAAAAAGGUGGAGUUCACAACAGGAGCAUAUCCACGACUGUCGCUAAGUUUUCGCCUAAAGAGAAACAUUGGUUAUUUCAUUUUGCAAACCUACAUGCCUUCUACACUGAUUACAAUUCUCUCCUGGGUGUCUUUUUGGAUCAACUAUGAUGCAUCUGCAGCCAGAGUCGCACUAGGAAUCACGACAGUGCUUACAAUGACAACCAUCAGCACCCACCUCAGGGAGACCCUGCCAAAGAUCCCUUAUGUCAAAGCGAUUGAUAUUUAUCUGAUGGGUUGCUUUGUGUUUGUGUUCCUGGCUCUGCUGGAGUAUGCCUUUGUAAAUUACAUCUUCUUUGGGAAAGGCCCUCAGAAAAAGGGAGCUAGCAAACAAGACCAGAGUGCCAAUGAGAAGAACAAACUGGAGAUGAAUAAAGUCCAGGUCGACGCCCACGGCAACAUUCUCCUCAGCACGCUGGAAAUCCGGAAUGAGACAGGUGGCUCUGAAGUGCUCACGAGCGUAAGCGACCCCAAGGCCACCAUGUACUCCUACGACAGCGCCAGCAUCCAGUACCGCAAGCCCCUGAGCAGCCGCGAAGCCUACGGGCGCGCCCUGGACCGGCACGGGGUGCCCAGCAAGGGGCGCAUCCGCAGGCGCGCCUCCCAGCUCAAAGUCAAAAUCCCCGACUUGACUGAUGUGAAUUCCAUUGACAAGUGGUCCCGAAUGUUUUUCCCCAUCACCUUUUCUCUUUUUAAUGUCGUUUAUUGGCUUUACUAUGUACACUGAGGUCUGUUCUAAUGGUUCCAUUUAGACUGCUUUCCUCUUCUAUUGUUUUUUAACCUUACAGGUCCCCAACAGCGAUACUGCUGUGUUUCUUGAGGUAAGAGAUUCAGCCAUCCAAUUGGUUUUAGGUCUUGCAUAUGUUUUAUUACUGCACUAUGUUUACUUCAGAAAGACAAAACAAAAAAAAAUAUUUUUUUUCCAGUCUACUGUGGUCCAGGUUAUCAGCUCUUUAAGAGCUCUAUUAAUUGCCAUGUUUACAAACAAACAAAAAGAGAGAAGUUAGAUAGGUAGAUCUUUAGCAGUCUUUUCUAGUUGCCCAGGAUUUUACUGAUUUAUUUUUUAAGUGAAAAUGAAAAGAGGACCUUGCUGUCUGCCUGCACUGCUUCCUGGUAAACUGUAACAAUCUUAUGUUGCCAAAAAAA